AUGCUACGUGAUAUCACUCUCAGUAUCAUUUCGGCUUAUCAAGAGAGUGGGGUUAGUUAUGAUCAGUGUUAUGCUAGAAAUAUGGCAGCUACACAACCCUGGGAAAAGACUUUGAAUAAGGAACAGAAAAGGCAAUUGGAUACUAUCAGAUACAUCUAUACCGAUAAUAUACAGUUAGUAUGGAAAACAACACAAGAAAGGGGUGAAAAUACAACAAACAUUGAUGGAGAAACAGUUAAAUUGUGUAUAAGAAUAGGUAAAGAUGGAAUGAUGGAAAGGUCAAUAAUGCAAGUGGAAGAGGAUAUCAUUUGCGACACAAAGGUUAGGGAAUAUGAAUCGAGAAUAUCAUUAAACAUCUAUGAACAUGAUAUGUUGUGGAUAACAUUGUACAAAAAUGGUAAUUUUAUUCAACAUAUGAAUAGAUAUGUAGACGUGUUAAAUGGUAUGCUGGUAUUGAAUGCAACUAGAAAUAAUUUGGGUCCAAGAUCUGGUAUUGUUUUUAGUACCUAUUCAAAAAAUAUUUUUUUGGUUGGCGGUUAUUCAUUCCAAAGUGCUGAUGGCUCGCAGUCGUUGACAAUCAACCUUACUUUUACUCAUUCUGGCUGA